AUGCCUUCUGCCGACUUGAACAGAAAGAGAUACUCCAUUGUUUCUCGACACGUUGCGAUCAAACAUGGUAACAAGGAUGUGAUCGAGUUUAUCAAGCAACACAAUCUCAAACAGGACAUGAACAUUGAUGUUGAUGACGCUCUAAGCCAGGCUGUGGAUGUGUGUGACCUCGAGUCCAUCAGAUGGCUACUCACAUGCAGGUCUUCCACGCUCUCGUCAUAUCGAUGGGAGUACGAUCAUUCUCAAACCAAACUUGAUAAUAAUCAUAUGUGCAAGCUGUUGGAACAUGUUGACGAAAAGAUCACCCAAGAUGAGAUCAUAGACUUGUUGAACAAAUCUACAAUGGAUGAUGCAGGUCCAAACACAUGGUCAAUGGAUCACCUGUCUGGACUAUUGGAGGUGGCGGCCAGCAAGUCACUCUCAGUCAUCAUGAUGGUAUUCAAACACUUUGUUGCAACGACUGGAAGAGAGAGAGUAGGUGACAGGAUGGUCCAGGAUGUAGAUGAUGUUGAUAGAGAAGAUGAAGGCGAGGGAGACUGGGUGAUAGCAAAACGCGACAACGACAAUGACAGAGAAGAACGUGCCGGAGAACGAAGGAAACGGAGGAUGAAAGAAAAGAUCCGCCCUAAAAAGAGAGAGAUACAGAGAGAUAUAGUCAGCGAAACUGAGGUUGAUCCUGACAACAUUGGCUUCUACUACCUCAUUGAUGCCAUCAAAGUUGUUUUGAGCCGAGGUGACUUUGAUUCAUUGGAGUACCUCCUUCAACGCACACGAGAUAGACCUUGCGUUAUCAUUGAGUGA